GCACAACACAGUGUAGCAAAAGCACAGUAAAAACACUGCAAAGUGUAGUAAAGCAUAGUAAAGAUGCGAGCAUUGUCAAUCACAAGGCAGCAUAGUGACUGUUCCAUCAACUCUAAUGUAAUUAAAAAGCUGGGGUGGGGUUAUAUAUUGGGUUUAAACAAUGAUGCUCUAUCCACUGGCAACACUCGGUCUGAGAGAGAGAAGGAAAGAAGGGAAGAAGGAAAGUGUCUUCAUGAGUCAAAUUCUGUUCUUCGCGUUGACGGUUGCCCCUCUCUUCCCUUCUUUGGGAGAGGGCUUGAAAUGCUACACCUGCGUUUUUCCAGCGAUCUCGCCCAUCGACUGUAUCAAAUACCCCAGAACCUGUGCUUCUGGGAAUCGCUGUCUGUCCAGCGCUGCUGUCGGCAGGACAGGUGGAGUACAGCUAGUGAUCUAUGAGAAGAGCUGUAUAUUGCCCAGUCUGUGUGGCCUGACAGGAGAGAAGUUUGCCAUGGGAAUCAACUUCACCUUCACAAACACCUGCUGUGAUACAGACCUGUGCAACAGUGCUCCCGUGUGGAGACAGAAGAGCAAAGCACCCUGCCUGACACUGCUCAGCCUGAUACUUACAGCAGUGAUGAUUUACUUUUGAGUUGCUUUUGGUUUUACACAUAAUCUAUGUGUAAAUAAACCAAAUUCACAAGUUCUGAUAACAUGUAGAUACACAAGAUGUAAUAUAACCACAAAUGUAUCCAAAGGACUAUGACCUAACUAAUACAUGCUAGCAUUAA